AUGCCGACUCCGAUUUGGUCAUUUAGGAGCCCUGUAGGAGAGGAUGAGGAUCUCAAUGGAAAUGAUGGUUAUAGUCACAAAAGAGAUGCACUGUCGAAUCCGAGCCGGGUCAAGUUACAGAAGAUCAAACUAAAUCAUAAUUUCCAAGUUGAUAUGAGUGGAUUAGUUGGUAUAGGCCCGGCACAAAAAUACGAUGGGAACCAAGAAGUUGUUAAUGUUGUGCUCAUGUCGUUUGAUUCACUAAGAAGAAGGCUAUGUCAACUUGUUGAUGCCAAUGAAUUGAACAUGUGUAUGUUCAAGCGUACUGAUUUGAAAGCUGAGAAUGGUAUUUCUCAAAGGAAUCAACAAAUGCUCUCUCAAAUACUUGCUAAUGCAUCUGAACCGACAUUUCAUCUACGUCAUGCACUUAGUACUACUGGUUCUGACUCUGUUCGAAGAACCCAUAAAUGCUGUGUCUAUAUUGCUGGAAGUAGCAAGUACUGUACUCGCCUGAAUUCUAUACAAGCAUAUCCUCGCCAUUCCUUGAGUCGCGCUGCACUGCUUACCAGUGGCAGUCCGAUAUUUUUCCUGGAUGCAUUCACAGUUCUGAUUGUGUUUUAUUCCUCAACUGCAGAUGCCAUCACUAACCCUGCUCAUGAGAACAGCAGUAUUAAAACCCGUGUUAGGACGGAAGGUGGGAUUCGACAAUUAGUUCAUUUGCGUGGAUUUGCGGAUACAAAAGUGCAAAGAGCAGCUGCUGGCAGCAUGUGCCGUCCCAAGGGCCGAUAA